UGUUUUGAAGGGAGGAGGUUAGAAACCCGGUUCGGGUUUCGGUUUUUGGGGGAAGGAAAGGGGAAGUAAAUAAUUUAAAUGUCUCGAAUAUCCGACAGGGACCGACAGGGACCGCCAGCUAACGAGCUAACGGGGAGAAUUUCGACCGGGAAUACAAAGCCGUCUUGAAGUUUUGAGCAGCUCCUGCCCACCAGUCCUGCCUUUGUUGACUGCCUGCUCAGCUCCCAGCCCUCUUGUCUUCAAAGUAGUGAGUAAUGGACGUUUGGAUUGACACGGGCUACUUGGGAUUCACGUAGGAAUCAAGACAAGCUCAUUCGCCUCACUCGUUAUCAUGCUGUACCGGAGGGAGGGUUACACUCAGGUCCGCGUCAACAAAGGAGACGUUCAUUUAAAUUUACGCGAGACAGUCCAGCGUCCGUUGGAUCAAUAACGGCAGUAACGCUCUCUGUCGCCUUGUAGGAAAGGAAGCGUGAAUCAUUUCGUUUAAACAGGACACUUUCUGGUAUUGAGGUCUCGGAGUUGUGGCCAAACUCACAGCUGGAAGAUGGCAACAACAAAAGCCAAGGCUGGACUGAACAAUGAAGGCAGUCCUUAUCGAGAGACCAACGUUAGCAGGACAGAAGCCAGCAGUCCAGCGUUAUCUGCUGGAGGAGCAGCGCCCUUAUCAGUGGCCAACAACAGUAGGACUUAUUCUCUGGAUGAUUUUGACACGGUGGCCACAGUUGGUACAGGAACAUUUGGCAGAGUUUUUCUGGUGAAGGACAAGAAGACGAGGGGUUUCUUUGCCCUGAAAGCGAUGAAGAUUCCAGAUGUGAUCCGAUUAAAGCAGGAGCAGCACGUUCAUAAUGAGAAGGAAGUUCUAACGGAGGUGAACCAUCCCUUCCUCAUCACGCUGUUUUGGACUCACCAUGACGAGCGCUUCCUGUACAUGCUGAUGGACUACGUACCAGGCGGUGAGCUGUUCAGCUACCUGCGCAGCCGUGGCCGCUUCAGCAACAGCACAGGCAUCUUCUACUCCGCAGAAAUAGUGUGUGCAAUUGAGUACCUGCACUCCAAAGAGAUCGUCUACAGGGACCUGAAACCUGAGAACAUUCUGCUGGACGGUGAAGGACACAUCCGCCUCACAGACUUCGGCUUUGCCAAGAAACUCUCAGAUCGGACAUGGACACUUUGUGGCACUCCUGAGUACUUGGCUCCAGAGGUCAUCCAAAGCAAAGGUCAUGGCCGGGCUGUGGACUGGUGGGCUCUGGGGGUCCUCAUCUUUGAGAUGCUUGCAGGGUACCCACCGUUUUUCGAUGACAACCCUUUUGGCAUCUAUCAAAAAAUCCUGGCAGGAAAGCUGGAGUUUCCACGGCAUCUGGAUUUCUACGUAAAGGAUCUCAUCAAGAAAUUUCUGGUAAUUGACCGGGCAAGAAGACUUGGUAACAUGAAGAAUGGAGCAGAAGACGUGAAAAAGCACAGGUGGUUUAAGUCUGUAGAUUGGGAGGCAGUUCCGAAUAGAAGACUUAAGCCACCCAUAAUUCCUAAAGUAUCUCACGAAGGUGACACAUCUAACUUUGACACCUACCCUGAAGAUGAAUGGAAGAAGGACACUCCGGUGCCACCAAAGGAUCUAGAGAUUUUUAAGAAUUUCUGAAUGAACUUUUCAGUUGGAAAAACAUAAGGAAGGAAAAAGUGGCUGUCAGAAUAGCGCAUCCAUUUAUUCAUUCCUAAAUGGGGGCCAGUCUGUGCCUGUCCUUCUCUCCCCUUUGGACUGAUGUAAUGGAGAAAGAUCUGAAAUCGUGUUUGAGGUAGUAACCAUCAUCAUGAGGAUCAACUGUAUAGAGAAGAAAAUUCCAUUCCCUUUACUUCUAUUUCUUGGGGCCUACUUUUCUUAUGCAAAAAUGGAUCCUGCACCAAAAAAGACUUUGUUUUUGUAACGUGCAUAUCUGCAAUAAUGUUUGUUUUUUAUGGUUCCUUUUGCUGGAUCAAUACAACAUCUUUGAUUACCUCAGAGAAGUGGAUUUAUGUUCCUCGGUACCCAGGAGACUUUGUUUUUAUGUUGCUGCAAAGCCAAGAGCGCACUACAAGCUAGCAGUCUGGUGUAGUUUAUUUAUUGAUAAGCUAUCUGAAAUUUUAAGUUUGGGACAUGGAGUGUGUUGUAUAAAUUGAUAUGAAGUCAUAUAGUCAUAGAUGCCUCCAGUGUCUCGGACAAAAAGCCAGAAAACCCAAAGCGUUACAUGUUAAAUGUUAUUUUCUCAGACUGUUGCUCUAAAGUAAUUAAAGGCUUUGUCACUAUGGGCAUGGAACCUGACUAGAGGUAAAUGUACCAAAUCUGCCUCAGCUUUAAAACAAAUGGUCGAGGAUUGAGGAUUUUAAUUUGAAUUUUAAAAAAAAGUUGUGACUUGGUGCUUUAAGAAACACGAUAACUGGAAUCUUGAACACAAGCUUUGUUUACCUUAAGGUGUACUGCACCCUUAGGCUUUCUAACCUUCUAGUUAUGAAGUUGUGUCCUUGUUAUGUCCUACUGUAAAUACUUUCUAAUUAACCUUGAGUGCAUGUACGUAAAUGAACUUUUAGCACUUGCCUAAGGUGGCCUUAUAUUAGGAUGUGUAAAUUGUCUGUUUAAACAACAUGGUACUGGUGUGUUUAAAGCAGUUGGUGCAGUCAAAGUGUUUUUACUCUGGUAUAUAAACACUUGAUAUAGAAACAUGAGUGGAUUUUGUUGCUAUGGAAGGUGUAUCUACUGUGUGUGUGUUUGAGCAAAAUUCUUUGUUGAAGCUAAAAUAAGGACAUUUUCACAUUAGUUGAUCAGUGUUGACCUGCAAAACGUAUAUACAUUGGUGAGAUAUAUCAAAGGACAACAGACAGAUCAUGUCUGCUGAAGUUUACGCUUCAUAUUUAUUAAUCUGUUUUUGGAUCCAGUUUUGGAUAGUCAUAAUUGUGACAACUCCAACAUGCAAAAAUUAUGCAAAAUCUUGAUGUAGCUGCAGGUAAGAACUUUGCUAAUGCACUGUCAAUUUCAGAAGUGUAGCAAUAUGAGGCAAAACAAUUACAAAACUUACAAUAUAAUACCUUUGAGAAAAAUUGGUUCCCAUGCACCUAUGGAGGUGAUUAUUGAUAUAUUUUGCAUGGCUUAGGGGUGCUGGUACUGACUGUUUUUUACCAUUAAUAAAAAAAAGUGCAGUAAAAAGAAAUAAUUUAAUUUCAUGUUUUUAAAAAAAGCAGUUUUUGUCUUGAGUCCCAGUCACACUAGCUUUUUAACCAGCUAAAUUUUGUGAUCAAAAGUGUAUCCAUUUUAAUAGAAUUCACAGCCAUGAACAGUUUUCCAUUGCAGACUUCUAUAGUGAAUAAAUUUUGCAUGUGAAACUUGGCAUCAAGUUCAACUUUGGUGAACUUCCACAUGCCCUUAACCAGUAGCACUACUGCUUUGGCUGCAGGAAAGGGCUUCAUGUAACCAUGAUGAAGAUCUAAAAUUAAAGUAACGCUUAUUAACAUUGCUUGCCUAUGGGCUAUAAAUAAACAUGUAAAAGAGAAAGUCACUCAGGAGACUGUAUGAGGUAGUAUUGUGCUUUUAGAGUUUACAGUUGGCAAGUUAUUCAGCUUGGUAGCUGUUAGGUUACCUGCUAGACUAAGCGCUGCUGCACAUACCUGUCACCUGUUUUUUGCUGCAUUUUGCAUCAGCAUCACAGUGUGUAAUUAUCCAGGAUACUUGUGUUUACCUUUGUGUUUUACUGUUGACGGUAGGUUAGAUGCUAAGUUAGCUGAAUGGCUAAGCGCUGCUGCCCUCACUGGUCACCCCACUGCCAGUUACCUACACAUAUUUUGCUACAACUCAGCAAAACAAAAUAAAUUCACAAGUAUCAACUUAUCCAUUUUAAUUAUAUUUAUUUCUGUGCUUUGCCUUUUUUUUUCUUAUAUCAUGUGUGUUAGUUGGUUACCAAGUUAGCUAGCUUCCUAACUGCUACAACGUGGCGGCAAUCUUUUGGUCCAGCCUUGGUCAUGUCAUUUUCACAAGGUGACAUAUUGCAAAUUACUAGUGUGACUGCUGAUUUACAUGGUGUGUGUUAGUUAGUUAGUUAUCAAAGUUUAUGUGCUAGGGUAAAAAGUGUGAAAGUGUGUUGUUUUCAUUUUUUUAAUUUUAAAUGUAUACUUUGCCUGUUCUGAACAGAAAAAUGUGCUUUAUUUUGUUCUUUUACUACAAUGAAAACUGAAAAAGUUCUGUGAACUUAAUGACCUGAAAAUCCAAUAUAGAAAAAUUUUAUACUCAAUUUUAAUAAUGCCUUUUAUUCUGUUCUUUAGUAGGUUCCUUAGAUUGCCUUCUUCCAAACUUUGACAGUGUAUUUAAAUUGGUGCAAGUGCAGUAUUAUCUGCUGUUAUGGGAGCUAAAAAUAAAUUUUAUGUGAACAGA